CAUCAGCACGUUGGGUUCAAUAACUUGUAUCUUGCGAGGAUAGUAUAAUAGCCACCUUGAUAUCAGCAACAAAAGAGGUGAAUGUAAUUGCUGCUAACAUACAUUCUGCAUGACAAUUGCGCUUACAGGUGUUUCGAGGGGUUUCUUUCGGUUUAUAAUAUGGUGUUCAUAUUGUUAUUCUUCCCGUUUUUUGAUACUUGAAAUUAGAAUCACCUGUAAAAUCUUAGAGCAAGUAGUGCGAACUCACUUUCUGAGUCAGUUUGACCAGUAGGCUGCUUGGCUUGAACUCUUUAACCUCAUCUCUUGAUGCUUUGAGUUCAACCCAUCAAAUUGUCUGACUGCUAGACUGAUUGGAACAUGUACAUGCGUCCCAUCGACUAUUUAAUUGACUAUUCUAGGUUGAGCUGUCAUUUUUCUUCUUUGCCUAAUCUUUUGCCAUAUCGAAGCCAUAGGCUGUCUAACCCAAACCCCCUAAAAACAUGGUCAGAAAGUUCCCCUUAUCUCUGUGUGUUUGUUAGGCGUUAACUAAAAGGCCAGUUAUGGGUCUUCUCUAUUCAUAUUGUGGGGUGUGAUUAACUGACACGGAAUAAGCAGGCUAUGAGUUCUGAUGCCCUAUUCAUGCGUUCGCCAUGUGGUAAGUUGUCCUGUAUAAAUAGUUAAGCUCGAUUUUGCAGGUUAUAGCUUUGAUGAGCAUGACCGUGAUUCAGUUAAAUUAAGGUUGCAAUUUGCUCGCUACCCUGGUGCAAGAGGUGGCGGGCCUCGUGGCAAGCGUUAAAUUAUGCCGUUAGCAGGUGAUUGAUGCUUACUUUAUUCCACUCGACGUUGUUUAUUCAUCCGCGUUAGGUGUUCUAAGAAAAUUGUAAGACGAUUCAUGACGCUAAAUCACGCAACGACACUUCUCUGUAGGAUUUGCGCAAAUUUGGGAGGUUAUAUGAUAAUGAGGGGCGAUACAACAACAUCGUCGUUGCGAGAUGCUUUCAUUUGAGUGAACCUUGAAUUGUGUUUUCCAAUUAAUUAUGACAGUUGCUUGAUAUUUCGAGAGUGUCACUUUUACGCUGGGAGUGUUGUGAACUGUAUUUGCUUUAAAUUAAACACUUUCUAUAUAUGCAUUGCACUUAAUUAUGCUAAACUCGUCUGUCAAUUAAUUAUGAGUCAUUAUGUUGAAAUACAUGUUAGACAAUGGAUACUUAAUUGAAGUGCAUAUCAUUGAAAGAGACACAAUUAUCAUCUCUGUGCCCAUCUUGCCCACAAUUUCUAUUUUUCACGCCUAUGAUAGACAUGUCCUUGAUUCCUGAAAGUAUAAAAAUUAGAAGGGUAUCUCUUAUGUGUAAUUGUUUUGACAAUUUCUUGAAAUUGCAGUGCAGUUGUGCACUUAGUAGCUCAGGACAGGUAUUUGGGAGAUGCAAUUAUGAAACUAGUGUCUAUGAGCCUGGAGUUUUGAGUUAUACGUAUUGCCAGACUUUAUUAACAACAGAUAUAGGUGAAAAGCCUUGAACUAUUAUUGUCUAGAUUUUCAUUUUCAUUUUGUCUGUUGCAGCCUGGAGCAAAUGUUCUUCACCUGUGUAGACAGAUAAUUUUCUAAAGCAUAUGGUAAACAAUGAGGCUGUACAUAUAGGUUUUUAUCUUUUGAGCAUGAUGCUGAUCUUUUUUCUAUAAUGCAUAAGAUUUGUAUGUGGGAAGGGUUUUGCCAGGUACCCUGUUAGGAAGGAAACACCACUCAUCAUAUGAAGGCUGCUUCUCUCAAUAAGGGGUACAAUACAAUGAAGCAAAAAACUACCAUCCCAUGCUUGUACUAAGUUUUGCAGUGGAAAAGUCUUCUAGUGAAGUUAUGGUUUGACAACUGAUUGGAACAAAUUAGUUGAAUUUGACAUUCUGAAAAUUAUACUGGUUAAUGCAAGUGUUUUACAUGCUUUUUUACUACAAGAGAUUGAGUUAAUACUGUUAAUCACAUUGCUUGCCCAUCUUUUUUCAUGAAUGUUUGGAAUGCUAAUUUACUUCUGGUAGUUUAGUAACUGCCCAUCUUUUUUCAUGAACGUUUGGAAUGAUUCCUUGGAGAGAGGUGUUUGAUGAAUCUGAACUUGGAAGGCAUACUUCUUUGGACAUUCAUCCUGCACUCUUCAAAGAUCCUUCUUGGUAAUGUGAAGUUCCAUGUUACCUCAUCCUCGUGAAAGUUCGGAGUUUGGACAAGGAAUGCUUCUUUUCUCUGCCUCGUGGCAUGCAUAACUCUAAU